AUGACAACAAAGGCUAACCCAUGUCCAUAUGAAUUGAUUGCAAAUGAAUCGUUACCGAAUAAACCCGAAAGUACAAUUUUGGAUACAACAAUGAAUGAAUUAGCCGAUGAUGAAACUCUUAAAGAUUAUCUCGAUCAACUGACGGUUGCAUCACACGCCGAACCACCAUCGGAUUUAUCAUCAUUAUAUCCAGUAUUGGGACAAACAAAGUCUUUAGUUACAGAUCGUAAACGUUUUAAACGACCAAGUUGGGCAACGGUUGGAAAACGAGAAAGCUUCAUCAAAAGUAAACGUCCAUCAUGGGCUCACAUUGGCUAA